AAUGUGCGAUGGUAUACAAGUGUUGUGUUCCACAAUGUCGUGGAAAUUAUGAAGGUGGCCCGAAAGUUCACGUCUUCAAAUUUCCCGACAGUGAAGAUAUUAAAAAUGCGUGGUUGAACGCAAUUCCUCGGGAACACUUCAUACCCACAAAAUAUUCCAGGGUUUGCGAAGUCCAUUUUAAGAGUGCUGAAGUACUGUGGGAGUCAGUAUACUUUGAUGAGAAAUCUGGGAGAACUCUGACAGCACCUUUGGAAAGACCAAAACUGAAAGAUGGUGCAGUGCCGUCAGUGUUUCCCGGUUGCCCCUCCUACUUAUCAUCGGGCUCGCAGUCAGUUCGUGAUUCGCCAAGGAAGAAGCGACAGCGCAAAGAAGCAGCAGCAGUCGAACGUGCUACUGCUGAAAGUUUACAAACCUAUGCUGAUUAUGAAAGUAAACAUGUGUGUAGUACUUAUGACGAAUUAGUUUUACUAUGUAAAAGUGCUAAGACAUCUGUUUUUUGGGAUCUUAUCAAUCGUCCAGAUAAACUCGCAUAUGUCCACAUCAGCUUUGAAGAUGCUCCAGUUUUGACAUAUACGGUUACUAUCAAAAGUGAUAUGACUUUAACGUGUUAUUAUCAAGGAGUGCAGUUAAAAAAUCUCUCUCAGUUAAAUUUUCCAUUGAUAGUGAACAAUAUAAACCAAAUCACAGACGUCCUAACAACAAUUGAAAAUCUUCACCAUGGUGACUGUAAAGUAAGUGACAAAUACGCAGUGGUGAAAUCAUUACUUGACACUAUGAACAGUGAUGAUGAAGAACACCAGAAUUUUGUUAACUUUUUGUCUACCCAGUUAGAGUUGAUCCAGCAGCCGAAAAAUGGACUGAAGUAUAAUACUGAAUUGUUUGUAUUUGCAUCACUUGUUUCUAUCAUUUCACCUCAUGCAUAUAAGUUUAUUAGAAGUUCAGGCAACAUCAUUCUUCCACAUCCGAAUACAAUACGCAGAUUAUGUUAUUCAUUUAAAUUUGGUCCAGAAACAGAGCAGUUGGAAGAAAAUUUUUUGUUCUAUGUGAAAAAUAAGGUAUCUCAGCUUACACCCCAAGAACGUCAUGUUGUUCUUAUGGUAGAUGAAAUCCAUAUUAAGCAGUUUCUAGAUUACAAGGGUGGAAACAUAGUAGGUUCUAGUUUUAAUUCUGAAAAUGCUGCUUCAAGUGCCCACGUGUUCAUGGUUCAAAGUGUCUCCACUGCGGUGCGCGAGCUGCCGAUGACGUCACGAAGACCAGCUGUUAGGCCCGGCUGGGUGCGCCGGGGGUUCGUCUGCCGGGAGUAG